GCCGCAUUGCCGGCGUGCCCUUUCCCGACGCGCGGGGACUUGGCCCCGUCAGCCUAUUGCACGCGUCAGGCGGCCCCGGGCCGCCUGGUUCUUUUCCCUGGACAAGAGCCAGCAAGCCGGGGGCAGGGGCCUGCCGGUCAAGCCGGUUUAUUCUCCGUAGCCUGCCCCUCUACCACAAUGGAAACAGCGGACGCGGUAAGAUCCCGCAAGGGAGACGCUACAGAGCUGCCCGGGCGAGUCCGCAGGCUUCCCCAACAUCCGGCACGCGCGGGCUUGGCUUGGCCUGUCAGGGCCCGCCAGCCCAGUCGCCCGCGCGGCCCCCUGCUAAAGAUCGCCCCGCCCGCGCACUAUGGCGGAGUUUCUGCCCGGCAGGUCUCGGGGGGUGGUGUGCUUCCUGUGGCGCGCGUGGGGACGGACAGGUCGGCGCCGAAGUGCGCGGCGAGGAGCAGCCACGCAAGGCAGCCGGGCCCCCGCCUCUUCCCGCCUUGGCGCGCGCGCCACUUUGACACGGGUCUGGUCACUCAAAUUUGGCGAAAGGCGCGCGGCCCGGCGGCAGUCUUCUCCGCAUCCCCUGUCGGCGCGCUCGUCACGCGUAAGAAGGCGCGUUGCCCCGCACCGGGGCGCAAGCGGCCUGCCGGCAAGCGCGGUAGCGCCGCGACUUGUUUUCUCAGGGCAGCCGCCUUGGCGAGUGUUAUUGAUCAAC